GGCCAGAUACGUGUUAGGACCCAGCGAAAGCUAAACGCUCACGCCCACUCCCAACGAGCCUCUCUUCCUCUCAUAGCCGACAAACGUUCAAAGAUAGAGCCCCGCGCUCAUCUUCUACCUCUACGAUGCACUCGACACUUGUGCGUCUACAGAAUGUCUUUGGCUUCUUCACCACGGUCGCUUUCACAGUCGCGAGCGUCAUUGCACUGAGUAGCUUCAUCUCCCCACAGAACCCGUCAGCCAGCAUAUCGCUGCAGAAUGUACAAUUGGUAAUGGGGCGGCCGCAUUACUACUCACCCAAGAGGGAGGAAUACGCGCAUAUCAAGUUCGACCUCAACGCUGAUCUCAGCUCGCUCUUCAACUGGAACACUAAGCAAGUCUUCGUCUACCUCAAAGCCGUCUACCCCUCAACACGCGCCUCAGAACCGCCGUCCGAAGCCAUCAUCUGGGAUGCCAUCCUCGCUUCCAAGUCAGCGCCCUGGCACACGGGCUACUUUGUUCACCCCGACAAGAAGUCGAAGCUGCCUAAGCAAUCCGCCAAGAAGCGCGCCGCGUCCAAAUCAAAGACGACGUCGCCCUAUCCCAUCGGCGAACUGCACCUCGAGAACAACAAGCCCAAAUACAAGAUCACCGAUAUAACUGGCAAGCUGGGCAAUAGGACGGAUGUCACAUUGGAGCUAGGAUGGAAUGUGCAGCCAUGGGUCGGCGCAUUGACCUGGACCAACUGGAACACGGUUGGUGCAUGGCGCGGUUUGGAGGGAGGCAGGAGUAAGGCGUUUACUUUCCCCGAGGUUGGUGCCAAGGCGGCAAAGCCCAAGGAUUUGGAGACUGAGAAGGGUGCCGAGGGUUACAGAUUGGUGGUUGGUGAGGAAGUCCCGCUGAAGAAGGCUGUCGUUUAGAAACGGCAUUUGGGCAAUCUAUGCGCCGAGGGGACAGGGUCCCAGGAGAUGGUUAUAUUUGAUACCAAUAGGCAUGCGUUUUUGUUGGUUUGCCUCAUAUUGAUCAUACAGAGCAAUCAAUACGAUUUCAAGUACAAAC